AGGCAGAGCUUUAUUUCAUUGAACCCACUGGUGUCUCUUGGCUCCAUUUACCUCCGUGUCCUGCUGAGUGAGAACCUCCUGCUUCGCCCAGUUUGCUGAGGAUUUGUUGAGGAAAGCCCAGUGGAGCGUUGGUGGCAGCAGCGGCAGGGACAGGAUGCUCUGCACGGCGUGGAAAGUUUUCAGAUAAGACGCAAACAGCGUCUUUUCUUCUUCUGACAAUGCUGUUCGCGCUGUAUUCAACUGCAAAUAAGUUUCGUGUUUCGGACUGGAAAUACUGGCCUUGAGAGGAGUGCUUCGCUCCCGCUGCAGCGCGUCGCGCCAGGACCAUCAUGAACAACCCGCCGAGGACCAUGGUUCCGACCAUCCCGUCUGUAAUGUUCAUAUUCGGGGUGGUCGGGAACGUCAUCGCCAUCGUGGUUCUGUGUAAGACUCGCAGAGAGCAGAAGGAAACCACGUUUUACACGCUCGUGUGUGGCCUGGCCGUGACGGACCUCCUGGGCACGCUGCUGGCCAGCCCGGUCACCAUCGCCACCUACGUGAAGGGGUCGUGGCCCGGAGACGACCCCCUGUGCCAGUACUUUGGCUUCACCAUGCUCUUCUUUUCCCUGGCGGGGCUCAGCAUCAUCUGCGCCAUGUCCGUGGAGAGAUACAUCGCCAUAAACCACGCGUACUUCUACAACGACCAUGUGGACCAGAGGCUGGCCGGACUGACCCUGGUGGCCAUCUACAUCUCCAACGCGCUCUUCUGCGCCCUGCCGAUCGUCGGCUUCGGGCAGGUGAAGAAGCAGUACCCGAAAACCUGGUGCUUUCUAGAGUGGCGGAGCAACAAGACCAGCGAUGCCGCCUACUCUUACAUGUACGCGGGGUCCAGCUCCCUUCUCAUACUCGCCACUGUCAUUUGCAACGUGCUGGUGUGCGUGGCUCUGAUCCGGAUGCACCGGCGCUUCGUGCGCAGGAUGUCGCUUGGAACCGACGCGGGGCGCAACGUGGACCCGCGGAGGAGAGCGCGCAGCUUCGGGCGUCUGGCCGGUGCAGAGAUACAGAUGGUCAUUCUGCUCAUAGGCACUUCGGUGGUGGUGCUCAUCUGCUCCAUACCGCUCGUGGCUCAGGUGUUUCUGAACCAGCUUUAUAAGACUCCAGUGGAGCUGCGCCUGGACAAGAACCCAGACCUCCGGGCAAUUCGAUUCGCCUCCUUCAACCCUAUUCUGGACCCCUGGAUCUACAUCCUUCUGCGUAAAGCUGUUCUCCUUAAACUCAUUGAGAAAAUCAAGUGCUUGUUUUGCAAAAUCGGAGCCAGAAGAAGGCAACAGAGACGUGGAAAUUUUCCCUGUACAGACACUCAUCAGCUCUCCUCGGUCAUAUCCACCCGGGACUCUCCCUCCUUGGUGUCCCAUGACCUGCAAGAUGUCAGGAGUAAUUCUCAGACUUUCCUCUACAUGCCGGAGGAAACUGAGCCAGACGCUGGAAAUUGUCCAAAGGAAGACGAACUGUGCGGUUCUCAACCGUCCUCGGUGCGAAACUCACAAGCCUCCUACUCCUCAGAGAAGGGCAGCACGGAGGCUCAGAGUGAAGAAGGAAAUAACGCCGACACAGAUUCAUCGACGGUGCCGUCCUCAAAAGAUCCAGCUCUCCGGGUGACGCUGAACACAGAGACAGUGGAGGAGAAAUGCAUCUGACUUCUUUCUAAAUCAGGAGAAGAGAGUUCUCUUUUCUUUUUUUUUUACUGAGGCAGGUGGUCAGAGUUACAUCUCCAUCAGAGGAGAUGUAAAUUCCUUAAAAAAGGAGUGGGCACAUAAACUAAUGAUAAACUGGUGUUUUGUGAUUUACGCGCGUGUGGUGAGAAAGUAACCUGGCCAGCCAGAUUGAUAAUUUGUAGCACUCUCCGUUCUGCGCAUUAUCAAUCUGGGAGUGCUCCCAUUGAAUCCGUUUAGGGAAAGGAGCAGAACUCUACGAGCUAAUUGGGCGAAGCAACACCUAGUGCCCGCCUACCAAAGCUUGGUUUUAGCCAAUGACGGUAUCAAAUUAAAACGUAAGCAGCACCGUCAUGUGAAAUCACCAGAAGGUAAACUAGUCAAGGCGCUUCUUGCUGUUCUUCUGUCCAGGAUGAAAUCGUGGAUUCUUACAAAACAGAUGUGAUAGCGGCGUCCUCCUGCGCUGCCAUGUUUGUGUUGGUUCUGCUGUGGGUUCGGCUUGCGUCGCACCGGUAUGUCCCGCCUUAAACCCCAAUACUGGAACAUGAUUGGCCCAAACCGUUUUCGGUUCGGACACAAACGGUUGAAGCCGGGGCGGUACAAGGUGGAUUCUCCUGUGUUUGCGAACGCAUAAAUCCCGUGAGAAUUCAUCUUGCAGGCAAGGUUAGUAAGAAAGAUCUGUUAUCGUUAACAUAGACGUCGAAGAACAGAUGCUGCGUUAGCUUUGCUGCACCGUAAAGAUGGUGUCUGCUAUAUUGUAAGUGGCCCUCUCAUUAGAAAACAGCACAAGUCUGCUUGGAAACAGACUUUGUCCAGGAAAAGAGGCUCUAACAUUUACAUUAAACACAUUUUUAUAAAUGUUGUUAUACGUUCAUUUUAGCACUAAUGCUGCACAUGAAAAUAUGUAGUGUGCUUAAAAUGCAUUUAACAUGAUCUUUAUGAAGCUCUAAAAAUAUUCCAAAUUCUGAGUAAUUUGGGUAAUUUAGUUAAAAUUUUAAUAAACAUUACCCAUUUAGGUUUGUCAAAAUAUAUUAAUUGAGGGGUGAAUCUAAAACUCUUUGAUCUUUUUUGACAAAUGUUUAUGUGAUUAGAAAAAAAAACCCUGAUAAUCUCAGCAAUACUAUUAUUAAAAGAAAUUAAACUGGUUUAGCAGAUUUUUUUCAUGUCUCCACCAAAAUGCCACUCGCAAUAUGGCGACAGUAUUAACAUACGAUCCAGAUGCUUGUGUGAUUUCUGCUGUCGUAUGUCUAUGAUUUCGAGCACUCAGCUACCUCAGUGAUGACAAACCUUGACUGCAGAAGCCGAUGCUGUGAGAGACGUCUUGCAGCAAUCACUGAUGGAAACGUAUAUAUAUCAGCUACUGCGUGCACUAAAUGCAGGAACUGUGUUCUCCAAAGUAAAUGUUGCCAGCAAUCCAGAAGAAGUGGGUCACAAGAUAGUGGGUCACUGCAAUAUAUAUAAAGACAGCAGUGUGUGAAAUCCCAGUGCUGCCAUGGGGAGACUGAAUACAUAAAACAAACUACAGAUACUUUAAGCAGAUUUCUUGUGUAGGCUCGGUGAAAAAUACACAGUGCUAUACUGCACACAGCGCAUACUUUUUGUUUCUCUGCCAUUUAAACUUGCCAUCCUUUAAAACAAAAUAAAAUUUUAUUUAUGCGAUGCCAAUACAAAACAAUCUGUUCUUACGGUGAGGGUACAAUGAUUCCAGGGCUAUAAUUGACUAAAUAUUUCCCAGGCUGCAGAGUUAUGGUGAAGUCAAUGGAGAUCUGUUCAUUACAUUAACUGUCCUGAUCCUGCACAAACUGGAACUUUGAGUGAGGAGAACAUUUUAGUUUGAUCUGUAAGCCCCGCCCCUUACUGUUUUUUCCCCCAAUGAGAAACCUUCGACAUGCACAACACUAAACAUACGCCUCAGGCUCAAUCCUCAGGAGGAAACAAGGCUUCAUGAGGGGUUUUUCUUUGUUUUCUUUGGCAGAAAUGGUUAUGUCUCAGGUAAAUGUUAUUUCUGAUGUGAGUCGUCACCACUCGCACGCCAUGCUGUUCUGUUUACAUAUUCUGUCAUGUACACGCUUGCAGGAGCAACGGCUCUGCACCUUGUUGUGCUACUGGCAGAGAAAAUCGUCCUGGGUUCCCCAGUUUGCUACUUGUUCCUACUAAAAAAAAGCCCAGACUUGUUCAAUCGCGCAAGCAAUCAGUCACUUGUUCUGAUCAAAUUGUUUCUUUUAACUCAUAAUACAUUGAAUAAAAAGCAUUUUUCUCACGUCAGACAAAAAUAAAUUCAGGUAUAGUUCCUUUAAUAUGGACUAUAAAAACAGCGUUAUGUAACUUUUAGCCACUAGGAGCGCUAGACCUAGAACUUCCAGAUUUAGAAUCCCUGGAGGCCACUGGCAACACUGGACUGUCGCAAAAUUAUAGUAAAA